AUGAGGGGACAGAAAUCCCGGUCGGGUCCUGGCGUGAUGAGAGGAUUCGAGGGUGGGCAGAUGCCUCUCUACCGUCGUAUCCCUAAAUUGCGGGGAAUCGCUGGAGGUAUGCAUGCUGGUUUACCUAAAUAUGUCCCGGUAAACUUAAAGGACAUAGCAGAAGCAGGAUUUCGAGAGGGUGAGGAGGUUUCACUGGAGAGUUUGAAGGAGAAGGGCUUAAUCAAUCCAUCGGGGAGAGAAAGGAGACUUCCUCUCAAGAUCCUAGGUGACGGGGAGCUAGACGUGAAGCUGAACUUUAAAGCUCGUGCCUUUUCGACGUCAGCCAGAGAGAAGCUGGAAUCUGUUGGCUGCUCGAUCACGGUGUUACCUGGCAGAAAGAAGUGGCUGAAGCCAGCAGUUCUCAAGAACCUUGCUAGAGCUGAUGAAUACUUUGCAAAGAAAAGAGCUGCUGCAGCAGAGGCUUCUGAGGCUGAGCCAGCCGCCUCUUCUUGA